AAAGAGAGGAGGAGAAACGGUCUCCUUCUUGCGAAGGAGAAAGUCUUUUUCUGGCCCAUGCAGGAUUGUUUAACAUUCGAAGUAAUCUGCACCCAAACUGUAUGUGUGUCAGAGAACGUUUCGGAACUUCUCAGUACUGACUGGUGGCCAAAUUGCUUGCAGAAUGGCAUCUUUGAAUGUUUAGAGCCAACACAUUAUCAGCCAAACCGAAGCCACAAGAGGAAGCAAGAGUGUUUGAGAAGGCUCCCAGCAUCUCAUGAAUGAACUAACGGAACUCGAUAAUGCUGGUUCUCCAGAGCCAGGUCUGCGGCUCAGGAAAGGACACAUGUCUAGCACUGCAACGCACUCGGACGUUGAAGAGGACAGCUCUGAGCAGAGGCUUCUUCUAGUGGAGCCAUCUCUGUCUUCUGACCAGGAAAAUAGUUCUGAGGAUAAUAACCACAAUAAUGAAUCCCCUCAAGAAGAUGAAGGGUUUAUGGGUAUGUCACCUCUUCUACAAGCCCACCAUGCUAUGGAGAGAAUGGAAGAAUUUGUGUGCAAGGUGUGGGAGGGCCGAUGGAGAGUCAUUCCGCACGAUGUUCUGCCUGACUGGCUAAAGGACAACGACUACUUGCUGCAUGGACACAGACCGCCCAUGCCUUCCUUUCGGGCUUGUUUCAAGAGUAUCUUCAGAAUACACACAGAGACUGGUAACAUCUGGACACAUCUUCUAGGAUGUGUGUUCUUCCUGUGUCUGGGAAUCUUCUACAUGUUCCGGCCAAACAUGUCCUUUGUAGCACCUGUGCAGGAGAAAGUAGUUGUUGGAUUGUUCUUUCUGGGAGCCAUACUUUGCCUCUCCUUCUCAUGGCUCUUCCACACAGUUUAUUGCCACUCGGAAGGUGUUUCUCGGCUCUUCUCCAAGCUGGAUUAUUCUGGCAUUGCACUUCUCAUUAUGGGCAGCUUUGUACCGUGGCUGUACUACUCCUUCUAUUGCAACCCACAGCCUUGCUUCAUCUACUUGAUUGUGAUUUGUGUCCUGGGCAUUGCAGCCAUAAUUGUCUCACAGUGGGACAUGUUUGCAACCCCUCAAUACCGGGGUGUAAGGGCAGGAGUAUUUCUAGGUCUGGGUCUUAGUGGGGUUAUUCCCACCCUGCACUUUGUCAUCUCUGAGGGGCUCCUGAAGGCAGCCACAAUGGGGCAAAUAGGCUGGCUGGCACUCAUGGCAUGCCUGUACAUCACUGGUGCUGCACUAUAUGCUGCCCGCAUCCCGGAGAGAUUCUUCCCUGGCAAGUGUGAUAUCUGGUUCCACUCCCAUCAGCUGUUUCACGUCUUUGUAGUGGCUGGUGCUUUUGUGCAUUUCCACGGAGUUUCAAACCUUCAGGAGUUCCGUUUCACGGUUGGAGGAGGCUGCACAGAAGAAGAGGGAAUGCAGUAAAACCAGCCUUCAGCCCAAGAUCGUAACCAAAACAAUACCGCAAGCGCGGUUGAAGCAUACUGGUUAGCAAAAUGAAUACCUAAGAAGAAUCCAAGUUUCAGCUGAUGGAGCCUGGACCUUCAUGGGGAUUCUGACUAACCAAGAUAAAUUCUAUACCUCAAGCAAUGGAAUGAAUCAAUUUGAAGACCAGGAAAUUCUGAAGCCCUAAUUUAUUCUUGGGAUCUACAAAUUGAGCUACAGAGGACCCUUUCCAAAUCGGCUUCUGUUCAAUGCCAUAUUUAUUUGUAGAUGUUGGGAGGGAUAGCUUAGCAGUUUCCUUUUUUUUUUUUUUUUUUUUUUUUUUUAAAUCAAUCUUAAAUUUAUAUCCUCUUGGAGGGUUUGGGAUUUGAUUUUAGAUGCUCUUUUGGGAGAAAAAGAAAUUGUAAAUAAGAUUUCUAACUUUCUGUUUAAAUAAAAUUUAUAUAAAUGUUUUAAACAAUGGGUGGGGGGAGAAGGGGUUUUUGUAAAGAAUGCAACAUGCAAGUACCACACACUGUUUCAAUUUUGCACAAAAUAAAUGACUGCAGGAGGACCAGGUAAAAUUCCCAGGAGUGAGGUAUGUUGUCCCUGCAGAUAUUUCCUGGUAACCAACAUGCCCUGGGCAAUGUGGGGUCCUCGCAGCACUUGCAGUAUGCGUGCACAAGGGUUGUGAAGGCUGGAUUAAUCAAGUUGUUGUUUGGGUCAGCGUUAGCAAGUUUAUUUACUCAAGGAACUCAAAAGGUAAACCUGAGCCCUGCCCAAGCGUGUGGGACCACUGCCUUCCAAGCUUGCUUGGCCUAUGUGGUUUUGGAUAAUGGAGCCUACAGUAAGUUGUUUUGGUUCUUACCAUAUGAAUUGGAGCAUGAUGGGAUAACUGCGUGUGGAAUGGCAAACAGACCGACUCCAUCAGUGCCUGUCUACACCCAAAGGACCCAGCUGAGUACAUGGUUGCUGUCUGUGGGCCUGCCCUGUUUUGUCUGAAAAAAUGAUGGUAAUGCACUUGUCAAAAGAUAGUUGAGCAUGUGAGAGGAAACAGAGAUGAGGUUAAGAUUGACUGGAAAGAAGAAGCAGUGUGCUCCAAGACUUGGAGUUAGCAGUUACUGCAGACCUCAAGCACAUUACCUUCUCAUGUGUCAGGCUCCAUAUGCCAAGGGGUUUUGCAGGUUUUUCUUUUUAAGAGAAAAAUCCACAGUCAGCCCAAUGUGGUUCCUUUCCUUUCUCCUUUUUCUUUUUUGUUCUUAAGGUCUGCUUCCCAUCUGUGCUUUAGCAAUGGGAUUGCUGAUAUUUCUUAAACUCUAAAGUAGAGUUCAGUUGGAUUGUUGUGGAGCAGAUACACCCCCUAUGUAAGGGGACGUAUAUAGCUUUCUCUUGUUUAAUUGAUGUAGCUUGAUCUUUGGAGCCCAGUCAGAAGCCAGACUGAAGGAGAAUCUUCGGAGUCAUUAGAUGAAACUUGAACGUUUUGUUUGUUAUGGCACAGCUAUUGCUUGGAGUGUUUCGUUGGAAAUUCAGAGCAAUUACCUCUCUUGUAGAUGAGUUAAACAGCUCAUAAAAUGCUUUAGUUCACAAAGCAGGAAGGUAAAGGUGCGUGGGUUUUUUUCUUUUUUUUUUCUUUCAGACUCCUGCAAGUUUAAAUUUUCAUCCUUCAAGGAAAAAAAUGUGAAUUGCAACGAUCUUCCAGUACCCUGGAUAUCACUGAGUGUUUCAGGGAGUUCCUUUGCAAAAUGAGUAAAAUAGAAGCAGAAUGCCUUCCUAAAAUUUACUGGAUAUUAAGACUUCACCCUGAAUAGAAUCCUUUUAAAGCCUUUGAAAGCAAGGCCAGCUGCAGAAAGAGGUACUGCAGCAGUGGCUGUAAGCUAGAGGGAUGUGUUCUCAGUCAGAUCACUACACUGGAUGCCAGUAGGCCGGAAGAAGGUUAUCGUUGGUCUGUGUGGUACUAAAAUGAAAUAGAGAGCAGUAUUAACUGGAUGCGAGGGCUAAUCAGCACUGGCAUCUCUGACAAAAAUAUAAAGAGUUGCCUGGCAGGAAAUAUGCUGUUAUCUGAGAAAAGUAUGGUACGUAUCGGAAGCAGACUUGUCUGUAAGGCGCUUUGGGAUACCUCUGUAUCAGUACCAGCAGAAGUGGCAGUCUCCAUCCUGGAUCAUCCCACACUCGCUCCCUGAAGGGUGAUUGUAACCUGGUCCUAACAGCACAGAACUAUUACAAAAACACAGUACUCCACCUGCUAUUCGUAACCCAAUCAGUCUCUCUGUUUGUGUGUUCCAAUAAAAAACAACCUAGCUGUGCACUUUUCUGUAGCUCUUGCUGAGAACUCUUCCCAGGUUGGCACCUGAAUGCCUUACUCUCAGCGGUCAGAGGCUUGCUUGCUCUGUGUGCAGGUUAUUGCCAUAGAAUAGUUAGGACCUACAGCUUCUUUCCUUCCCCAUUAAAUAGUGGCCUUGUUCAGUAUAUUUCUUUUUAAAAAUUGCUUACUGUUGGAAGCAAUGAAGCACAUUCUGGGGUUUUGAUGGUUGGGGACUCUGGUGAUGGUUCCAUAUAAGAUGGGAUCUUAUUACUUGCUGUAUUCUUAACUUCUGCUAAUAAAAGAACCAAAUGGAA